AUGGCAUUUCGUCAGGUGACGAAACUUCAGCCUAUCUUCUCAAGUGUGAUGAAAACCUGAAAAGCAUUCUAUCAACGUCGCCCGGCUCAAAAGUUCGCACUCACGGUUAAACCGAAUCGCGCGACCAUCCUUAAAAAUAAUCAGAGCAGCGCAGUUAAUUGGUCAUUUUCUCCCAACCCGGGGAGCAAAAUGUUCAUUCGUGAGACUUUUGUUGAUUCGCGCGUCUCGUCGUCAAUUGUUUGAGGUUUUUUUUUCAAAUCUCGUCGACAAGAAAAGAUUAUGAAGACUAUGAACGAAAAAUAAGGCGUAGGAAUAGGAUGUUUAUUAGAUACACAGGGAAUUUCUCGUUUGGGCGGGUAUGAAGCUCGAACCAGGAGGCGGCAUUCCGCCGAUCGUGGCUGUGUGCCUACAAUUAUCGCGGUUUUCUAUUAUGGUACCCGGGCCAGUCGGUUCAGACCAGGCUAA